AUGGCUUCGUCGAAGGAAGACACGAAGUCGCAGGCCGAUGAGUCACCCGGAGGCGAACAGCAUCAACAUCAGCUCAAAGGCGAGGGUUCAGCUCAGUCAGCCAGCUCGCCGGAAGGCGGAGAGCAACACAUGGAAGGCGAAGCCUCAGCUCAGUCAGAGACGUUUGUCGUGCAGGACGGGCUCCCCGUCGACUUCACUCCAAGUGACCCCGUUAUCGAUUCUGCCGAUUUCGAAGAAUUGGUGCGUGAGCUCUGCCACAAGAUCAACCCGGAUAUUCGCAUCGAAUCGACGGCACUCGCUGCGAUGCACGACUUCUCAGAAGUGCUCUUAGAUGGGCUUUUUGAAGUCUGUGCCAAGGCCAAACCUCACGAUGAGUUCAGAUUCGUGUCUGAUUCUUACUUCAAUCUCAUCAAGCGCAUGAUGAACGUGGUGGCCCUUGCUUCCGCGGCAGAUUGA